AUCUCACAGUGGCACCAGCUACAUAACAAGUUCAAACCCCUCCUACCUCCUCCAUUCCAUCCCUUGAUCCCAUUGAAAUCGUUGAAUCAUGGCGUCUACUGAUCAAGGAGAUGCUGCUGCUCGAGCGAAGUCCUCUGUUCAAAAUAAAGAUGAAAAAACACAAAAGAAGAACGAGAAACAGAAGCGUCAGCAGAUAGAGCAUCUCCAAAUGGUGCUAGACGAUCUGGUGAGCGUGAACUCCCUCUUCACCUUCGCGAUGUUCGUCGGGAUAUCCAUUGCGGGCGCCAACCCCGAGACUCUCCAGCCGCGGAAAGAGUGCCAAGCCAGCCACCAGACGAAAAUGGUGCUCCUGUUCGAUGAGGUGGUUUCCUUCGUGUGCUUCCUGCUCUCGAGCCUCGUCGCCACAGCUCUCAAGAUGAACCUCUCCACAUACCUCAUGUCCGAUCCCAACAACCGGAAGCGCUCCGCGCGGACGUGAACGACGGGGUAAGGAACUUGAUGAUCAUGCUGUCGAUGACAGGUUCGAUCCUCGGGUGCGUCUACUUGACCAUGUCGAUGGCCAACGUGGUCCGCGUGCUCCUCGGGAACGUCACUUGUGGAGAGAGCGACACACUUCUGGCCACAGGGACCUUGAUUGCCGUCAACGUCCUGGCACUCCUCAUCUAUGUGCCCUCCAUGAUGCGUGCCGUCCAUCUAUCUCACGCCAAGCUUGAGCUCAAUAAAUACUCGAGCAACCGCACACAGUCUUAGCAAAACAUCCCUAGAAUCUAGUAAUUCUAAUUCGCCGCCAGUAUCAUCGCGUGUGGAUGCGAUGGUAUUGAUCAUGGCCAUCUUCUUCUCUUUCGUUCAUUACUUUGCCCCCGUUGCAAUCAUACUCAUGUAUCAUCGGCCUAUAUAAAAAUGGUUCUAAUAAUAUGUUGAGUGGAUUUGGUUUGGCACA